UUAUAAUGAAAACAGAUUAAUGUGGUUUAUUUUGCAAUGGAUAGUGAGGCUAAAAGUAGGAUUUUAAGUGAGUUAAACGAAAAAUACGGCAGGGAUUUCAUUGAUCCUGUAAAAUGUAGACAAAUUUUUGAGGAGUUGCAAAAAAGGAGACUUGAUUUGGAAAACAGGUUGGAUGUUAAAAAUACAGAGCACAAUUUGGGACAAACAGUUCAGAGAGCUGAAAGCCUUAUAAUACAAUGUGAUAGCGCGACUGAAAAUGCGCGAGAAAUAGUUGAAAAAAUCAACAAGGAUUUGGAUGAAAUCGAUGAGGUUAGAAAGGAGACCAAAAUACAGUUUUACAAAUUAAACACUUUGCAAUGCACACUGCAAUAUAUGAGGGUUAUCCAACAAAUAGAGUUUUUAAGUGAAGAGUUACAAAAAGAAGUGGGCAAAAAAGACGACGAAAAGUGUGCAACAAUUUUUGCCAAUUUAUGUGAAAUAAGCCGAAAUUUAGCCGACUUACCUGCCACUCAUUUAAGGAGUUAUUUAAAGGAAACUCUACAUUUUUGGCACAAUGUAUUAAAAGAAAAACUAGCAAAGGAUUUUGACGACAUUCUAAUACAAAUAAAGUGGCCGUUUGUGAACACAAACUUUAGCCUGGUGAUUCCCCUACAGGCCAACGUACAAAAAUUGCAAAUCAUCGCUGAAUAUUUGUUACAAAUCGAGCUACCCAGCGAAAGUACUGGUCCUAUUGUUACAUCGAGUUUACUGGCAGAAUAUCCGCCUCUGUGUCUGCCAAUACAGUUGUUGAUAUCACCUUUGAGGAAGAGAUUCGUUUAUCAUUUUUUCGGUACCAGGCAAACCAACAGACCGGAUAAACCGGAGUGGUAUUUCACGCAGAUUUUAACGUGGAUUAGGGAUCAUAGAGAGUUUGUAGGGAAAUGGAUUCAACCGGUCAUCGAUAAGCUUGGUUUGCAUCACAUUGAUGCCAAAUUGGAGUUAACCAGUGGUCUGGUUCAACUAGCCAUAGAAAAACUGUGCGUCGAUUUACCCCAGCUGCAGUAUGACGACUUUACAUUCUCGCACACCAUAGAUGAGGCGUUGGGAUUUGAUAAAGAGUUAAGGGAAAUGUACAACUACCCUUCUAAUCAACCCAGCGUGGUGUCCGUUUUGACGCAGGCGCAGGUGUUCAUCAAAUGGCUCACAAUGGAGAAAAAAUAUGCCACCGAAAAAAUGGACGCCAUACUCUCGUCUUCAAUCGAAGCUUUCGAACCGAUAGCAUCGGACGUGGAGGACAUCAAAGUGACGACGUGCGCAGACGCCUUUAUCACGUUACAGCAGACGAUAACGGAGCGUUACGAGGCGUUACCGCAGCCAGGACACAGGCUGCAGUUUUUGGAUUUGCAGCUGGAGUUGUUCGACGAUUUCAGAGUCAGGUUGCUGCAACUUGUCAACGCUGUAGAGGGUGACAUCAUAGACAGCGUAUAUCCGAUGAUUACGAAUACGUUGUUUUACAUCGAAAAUGUUUUAAUAGAUUGGGGCGCCAUGUUGCAUUAUUUGAACCUAUUUUACUACAAAACGCAGUUUGACAACGCACCAAAAACCCCAAAUUCGUCCAUAUUACACGAUUUUGACGAUAGUCCAAGUGACAGUGAAACAGAAACAGUUUUUGCUGAUGCAUUAUCUUUGUACAGGCACAUGAGAAAAGAUUUGGUGUGUACUUUGUCAGAAUUUGUAAUUAUGGAAGUUAAAAGUAAAAGUAAAGGGUACAGAAGAGAAAGGUGGAAUGCCAUUCCGUUGGAAAAAGAAUACCGCAGCUUGUCACUAACGCCCUCUGCAUGUCCGAUGUUUGAAGUAAUUGCUAAAAGGUUGCACCAGCUGCAAAAAAGUUUGGAGAGCAAACUGUUCACAAUAAUCUGGCGAUCCAUAGCACAACAUUUAGAUACUUUUCUAUUCGAAGAUUUAAUUUUAGAUAACCGAUUCACCAUGGGGGGCGCAUUGCAGCUAAAAUUCGACAUUAUGAGGAAUUUACUACCACUGUUUUCGCAGUUUAGUAUGAAGCCAGAAAACUAUUUCACCCAGGUUAUUGAAGCUACCAACCUAUUAAACAUAACAAAAGGCUCAGCGCUUCUACUCCGCGAGACGCUUUUAGCGCUAGAGGGCGCCACAGGCGUAGAAGACACGAGGGGUAAAGCUUUAAAAGAAGUGGGAGUAACUCAGUUUACCCCGAAAAUGUCCAUCAAAAUUCUUAAUCAAAGAACAGACAUAACCGUUAAUAGGAUAGACGUCGAUUAAUUACGUUAACGUCGCAUUUAUUGUUGAUUUUUUAUAAUUUAUAUUAAAAACUUGAGGUG